GGCCGCAGGCGCAGGCCUGGGCGGAUCUGCGAGACUCGCGGCGUGCCGGCGGAUGGCAGCUCCGAGUCCCAACAUGCGCCGGUCGGUCUGGCUGGCGCUGGCCGCGUCGCUCUUGCACGUGUCCCUGCAAGGCGAGUUCCAGAGGAAGCUCUACAAGGAGCUGGUCAAGAACUACAAUCCCUUGGAGAGGCCCGUGGCCAACGACUCGCAGCCGCUCACCGUCUACUUCUCCCUGAGUCUUCUGCAGAUCAUGGACGUGGAUGAGAAGAACCAAGUUUUAACCACCAACAUUUGGCUGCAGAUGUCCUGGACAGAUCACUAUUUACAAUGGAAUGUGUCAGAAUAUCCGGGCGUGAAGACUGUUCGUUUCCCAGAUGGCCUGAUUUGGAAGCCAGACAUUCUUCUCUAUAACAGUGCUGAUGAGCGAUUCGAUGCCACAUUCCACACCAACGUAUUAGUUAAUUCUUCUGGACAUUGCCAGUACCUGCCUCCAGGCAUAUUCAAGAGCUCCUGCUACAUCGACGUGCGCUGGUUCCCCUUUGAUGUGCAGCAGUGCAAACUGAAGUUUGGGUCCUGGUCUUACGGAGGGUGGUCCUUGGAUCUACAGAUGCAAGAGGCAGAUAUCAGCGGCUAUAUCCCAAACGGAGAAUGGGACCUUGUGGGAAUCCCAGGCAAGCGGAGUGAGAAGUUCUAUGAGUGCUGCAAAGAGCCCUACCCAGACGUCACCUUCACAGUGACCAUUCGCCGCAGGACCCUCUACUAUGGCCUCAAUCUGCUCAUCCCCUGUGUGCUCAUCUCUGCGCUGGCCCUCCUUGUCUUCUUGCUCCCUGCAGAUUCAGGGGAGAAAAUUUCCCUGGGGAUAACGGUUUUACUCUCUCUUACUGUCUUCAUGUUGCUGGUGGCUGAGAUCAUGCCUGCGACAUCCGACUCGGUGCCCUUGAUAGCCCAGUACUUUGCCAGCACCAUGAUCAUCGUGGGCCUCUCCGUGGUCGUGACGGUGAUUGUGCUGCAGUACCACCACCACGACCCCGACGGCGGCAAGAUGCCCAAGUGGACCAGAGUCAUCCUUCUGAACUGGUGCGCGUGGUUCCUGCGCAUGAAGAGGCCGGGGGAGGACAAGGUGAGGCCGGCGUGCCAGCACAAGCCGCGCCGCUGCAGCCUGGCCAGUGUGGACAUGAGCGCAGUGGCGGCACCGCCCACCACCAAUGGCAACCUGCUCUACAUCGGCUUCCGCGGCCUGGACGCUGUGCACUGCGCCCCCACCCCCGACUCGGGUGUCGUGUGCGGCCGCAUGGCCUGCUCCCCCACGCACGACGAGCACCUCCUGCACGGCGGGCAGCCCUCCGAGGGGGACCCGGAUCUGGCCAAGAUCCUGGAGGAGGUCCGCUACAUCGCCAACCGCUUCCGCUGUCAGGACGAGAGCGAGGCCAUCUGCAGUGAGUGGAAAUUUGCGGCCUGCGUGGUGGACCGCCUGUGUCUCAUGGCCUUCUCCGUCUUCACCAUCAUCUGCACUAUCGGCAUCCUGAUGUCAGCUCCAAACUUCGUUGAGGCUGUGUCCAAAGACUUCGCUUAACCUGGUCCUGGUUCCCAGCAUGUAGGAAACGCACAGACGAGCGAUGCCGUUGGCUUGGGGAGAACUUGGGGUGCUAAUCCCACAGCCAUACUCGACGUGAGGACUCUGAUGUACCCGUAGCGCUCGCUGAGCGCCAGUCAUGUCCAUUAUAGUUUCCUUGUUACUUUCCGUAAUAGGAUCUCAGCACGGUUUUGUUUAAUCCUCUCAGAGGGGCUGCUUGAUAUUCUUGGAACAUCCUUAGGGUCACCAGGACCACUGAGAGGUCAUUUUGCCCAUUUCCCAAUGCCUGGUGAGCCCUUCAGAGAGGUGAGGGUGGCUCAGGACCGCCAGGGGAGGCCUGUACAGUUGGUUUUGCAUGCGUGCAUGUCACUUGCCAAGAAGACCUAGUGAAACUUCAACAUAAGCUUUUGCCUGUCUACAAACCUAGAUUGAAAGUAAUAAUAAUAGUAAUAAACCACACUCACUAGAUCCAUUCAAAUAAUUGGUAAAAGGA